AUGAACGCGAUAUGGAGCUUGAUCCUGUGUUGUUUGCCUUGUUUCCCGGAGCUUAGUCUGCCAGGCCUCAAUAUCAAUGGCCAACACUACAAAAUUGAGCGAUUGCUUGGCGAGGGAGGUUUCUCCUACGUGUAUCUCGUCACCCUGAGCUCUAACCAUGACCAGCAAUAUGCAUUGAAGAAGAUCAGAUGCCCCUUCGGGUCAAACGACGACAGUUAUGUGCUUGCCAUGAAAGAGAUUCGAAACUACCAUCGCUUUUCUCGAACUCUGACCCCUUAUGUCAUUCAGCUGCUACGGGAGCUGGUGACUGAGGAGCCGGAUGGCUCCAAAACCAUCUAUAUUUUGUUGCCGUACUUUGAACGGUCAUUACAAGAUAUCAUUAACGAGAUGGUUCUCAGCAACAAUACCAUGCCUGAAAGUGAAAUUCUUCGAAUAUUUAUUGGCAUUUGUCGAGGUGUUAAGGUGAUGCAUUCAUAUAAAAAAAUCGUCGGUACGCUGGCGGCACCGAUGUCUACAGCAGAAAACGAGGAUGACGCAUUGUUACCUCUUCAUAGCGACGAAGAAGAUGCACCAGCUCCACUCACAUCCCCCAACACUACAGAGCUUAGUGAGCUUUGCCCCUAUGCUCACCGCGAUCUUAAGCCAGCCAACGUGAUGCUUGGCCCCGAGGGUAUUCCCGUACUUGUUGACUUAGGACUGUGUGGUAAAGCUCGAAUUAAAAUCACUAACCGCCAGCAGGCUCUCACUCUCCAGGACUUUGCCCUGGAGCAUUGCACUUUACCCUAUCGGGCGCCAGAACUUCUUGAGGUGCCUAACAAUUGCGAAAUCACAGAAGCCACCGACAUUUGGUCACUUGGGUGCCUUUUAUACUGCUGUUGUUUUGGGUUUUCGCCAUUUGAGAAACUAGAACUCGAACAAGGCGCCAAUCUUAAUAUAGCCAUUGCCAGAGGCAAAUAUCAAGUGCCGCUGAACCACGAUUACCUGCCCGAGCUCAUUGAUAUCAUUAAGCUGUGUUUACAGAUGGAACCCACGCAGCGACCUAAAAUCCUGCAAUUAUUAGAGUCGGCACUUCUGCUUUCUCGGUCAGCCUGA